AUGACAGAUAUGCCUUUCGUUAUAGGCAACACCCGCUCUGGCCUUCAGGCACCGUACGCUCUUUUACUGAUCACGCUUCUGCAGGUCGCACCAUCCUUUGGACACCCGCUCGUUGGUGACCCGCCACGGCAUGCGCAGACCCUAGACGACGUUCAGUACCUGGCCACACCGACAGUAACUAUUCCAUGCAGCACGGACCAAUCAUCCAACAUAGUUGCGCCAGUCACGAACCCCGUGCAGCAGAUCUCUGAUGGACAGGUCCAGGUGCAUAUCCCAACUUCGAUUGUACCAACCUCGUCACUGGUCGUUGUGCUGCAAGCCCCAGAUGGACAACUGCAACAACCCAUUCCAUCAUCGUAUGGCUUCACAAGUCCUACGACCUCCAGCACAAGCUCCACUCUUCUACAACGAGAUCUGUCGACGAAUAUGCUGGCCCAGUCGAUCACUACAACCAUCCCCGAUGGAUCGUUGACUUCGCUCUCGAGCUCUGCAGUACAGACGGUGUUUGAAGAGGGCCCAAGCAGCAGUGUUGGCAGCACUGAAGCCCCGUCCGAGACCGCGUCCGAGGCCUCGGGUAACCCGACCUCGCAGCCUUUUCCAACGUCCGUCCCUACUGCGACUAGCAGUUUGGCCCUCGUCGACACCGGCACACUGACCGACGUGAAGCCAACUGCCACGUCCGCUAUCACUGAAUUGUCGGCCAGCAACAUCUUCCAGGCCAUCGCUACAGAUGCGCCGCCUGAGCAGCUAAGGGUUGGUCAGACUCUGGAUCACCCGGUACCCAGGACCGGCAUACAACCCCAAGAUCACAAAUUACAGACGAACAAAUUCUACUCUGCUCUGUUCCUGGCAGAUCAGAGCUCUUCUGUCUUUCUGUUCCCAUACAGCGUUACGUGGGUCAGAGGAGGAGGCAACAUUGGCAGCUGGGGCCUCGCCAUCUCUCAUACGGACGCAAGCGAUCUCAAGUUCGCAACCCCAAAAUAUGACGACAAUUCUGGAUUCCGCCUUGACGCGGGAGAGUCGGCAUACUUCUACAGCGAACUUGGUCACCAUUCGAUCAUCCUUUCCGCCUCAGAGCUUACAAACACGAGCACUGAGAGGCCAGGUCUGACUACAGAAGCGCUAGAAUGGGGAUCGGUCACUGCAAAUUUGUUCCCAAUCGGCUGGCAAACACCUGUCAUCAAGUUCCCUUUGGUUCAAGGCUUAUCUUUCAUUACUGGAAAUUACAGCUGGGGUACGCCUCUCAUUCAGACUGGUAUCGGGUUCCAAGAGAUUACCUACAUUGGCGCUGUGGUAGACAACACGACCUUCAAGUACUCGUUGUUACUCAAGGACAAUACCACAUGGGUGAUGUACGUGACUCCUGAUCAAACCUUGUGCCCAGAUUAUGCUGUCAAUUCUUUCACGGCGGUCAAUGGUUCGAAUGCUUCCAGCUUGCAAGGCUACUCCGGCUUUAGCGGCCAGAUACAAAUGGCUAAGCUGCCUGCGAAUUCUGGUGGAUCUUACUCCAACACAGAGUCCUUGUACGACGAUGCAGCUGGCGCGUACGCUACCACUGUCAACAUCACGGGAACUGUGGAGGAUACGACUGGCUCAUACUCUCUGUCCUGGACCAAGGCCGGUAAUCAGGAUCGGACGCUGCUGAUGUUUGCUUUACCGCAUCAUGUGGCAUCAUUGGGCUAUGAUACGCAAGCUGGCAUAACCACGUUGCAACUGCAGACCACUACCAAAGGCAUGACCACUGCUAUUAAAGGCGAUCGUUGGACACUGCAGGAGACAAACCUUCCAAUCAGUAUGGGCUUCGCUCCUUGGACACCUACAGCAGGCAACAUCAAAGCUGUAUCGUCCUCCGCCCGCGAAGCUAUCUACAGCGCCGGGCUUGCCGAGCUAUCCCAGGUCCCAGGUGUGCGUGUCCAAGCAGACGUAGGCAGCUUCUACUACGAUGGAAAGGCGCUCGCCAAGUGGGCAGCCAUGGUUUAUACCCAGUACGAGAUCGUGGGAAACAAGACAUUGGCGUACAGUGGUCUGCGGGACCUGAAGGAUGCUUUCAAUCAGCACGUCAACGGUACACAAUCAUUCUCACUCAUCUACGAAAGCGCGUGGGGCGGCGCCGUCAGCGAAGCUUCCUACAUCUUGCAAGAUAGCGGCGUCGACUUCGGAAACACCUACUACAACGACCACCACUUCCACUUUGGCUACUUCGUCUAUACCGCCGCCGUAAUAGGCUAUCUCGAACCCGAGUGGCUCAACGACACCAACAAUGUCGCAUGGGUCAACACCCUAGUCCGCGACUACGCCAACGCCAUCGUGGACGACCCCUACUUCCCGUUCUCCCGCGCCUUCGACUGGUAUCAUGGCCACUCCUGGGCCACAGGUCUCUUCGACAUGGCCGACGGCAAAAAUCAAGAAUCCUCCAGCGAAGACUGCAUGGCCAGCUACGCCCUCAAAAUGUGGGGACAGGUCGUCGGCGACAAGAAUAUGAUGGCUCGAGGAAACCUCAUGCUCUCGAUCCAGGCUCGAAGUAUGCAGUCGUACUACCUCUACGAAAGCACCAACACAAUCCAACCUUCCCGCUUCAUCGGCAACAAGGUCGCUGGAAUUCUAUUCGAAAACAAGAUCGACCAUACUACAUUUUUCGGCGCGAAGCCAGAGUACAUACAGGGAAUUCACAUGAUACCUGUCAUGCCGUUCAGCUCCUUCGUCAGGACUCCGGCACUGGUGCAACAAGAAUGGAGUGCCUACUUCUCGAACAGGACAGACGGCACGAAUCAAUAUAUUGACACGAUCCAGGAUGGAUGGAAGGGCAUCCUGAUGGCGAAUUAUGGAAUUGUUGACCCGACGAGUUGUUACAACUUCUUUAGCGAUUCGACUUUUCAGGCGCAGUAUCUGGAUGGAGGGGCUUCGAGGACGUGGUAUUUGGCGUGGUGUGCUGGGUUGAGUGCUGGGCAGAAUGGGGCUGAGGAGUGA